GAACGCGCUGCCACCCACCUGGCGCGUGCGCGGACUCAUCAUAUCUAGAGAGGGAGGCGCGUUUUGUGCCUAGUUUCAAUCCCACGCUGCUGCUGCUGCCCUGUCGUGCACAUGCGGCUCACGCACGCGCAUUUAGCAGGACCGGACUGACGCAGAGAGACUCUGCUGGAGCGGAAUGCACCGGGAAUGCACGGGGCUCCGGCGUGACCAGCAUGUGUGACUGGGGGGAGAUGGGCGCGCGCCUCUAACGGUUCGGACAUCGUCUCCGUUCGCGCGAACGACGUUGGUGCGCGACGGAGAGUCUGCGCAAAGUUUCCUCCAUGGCGCUGGUGAUGGAGCCGGUGAGCAAAUGGAGCACGAGCCAGGUUGUGGACUGGAUGAAAGGUCUGGACGACUGUCUGCAGCAGUAUGUCAGCGUCUUUAAGCGUGGCGGCGUGUGUGGCGAGCGGCUGCUGAGGAUUAGCCACGCUGAGCUGGAGGAGCUGGGAGUGUCUCGGAUCGGACACCAGGAGCUGAUUCUGGAGGCGGUGGACCUGCUGUGUGCUCUGAAUUCCGGCCUGGAAACAGAAAGCGUCAGAACUCUGGCUCAUAAGCUCGGAGCCUCAGCCAAGAACCUGCAGAACUUCAUCUCUGGGCGCCGUCGGAGCAGCCAAUCGGAGAGCAGAACCUCUCGGCGGCUUCCCAAUGACCUGCUGACGUCUGUGGUGGACCUCAUCACUGCUGCCAAAAGCCUCCUGGCCUGGCUGGACAGGUCUCCGUUUGCUGCAGUGGCAGACUAUUCCGUAACCAGAAACAAUGUCAUCCAGCUCUGCUUGGAGCUCACCACCAUCGUACAGCAGGACUGUACCGUGUUUGAGACGGAGAACAAAAUCCUCCAUGUGUGUAAAACUCUGUCAGAGGUGUGUGAGCAUAUCGUAUGUGUGUCAUCGGACCCGCUGGUUUCCCAGUCAGCCCACCUGGAGCUGGUCCACCUCACCAACAUCAAGCCCUCCGAAGGCCUGGGAAUGUACAUCAAGUCCACCUAUGAUGGCCUUCACGUGAUCACAGGAACCACUGAAGGGUCUCCGGCUGACCGAUGCAAGAAGAUCCACGCAGGAGAUGAAGUCAUUCAAGUCAAUCACCAGACUGUGGUGGGCUGGCAGUUACGUAACCUGGUCGGCUCAUUGAGGGCCGAUAAAGGCGUGGUGUCCCUGACCCUGAAGAAGCGUCCACAGAGCACGCUCAGCUCCGCCCCCGCACUGCUCAAGAACAUGCGCUGGAAACCGCUGGCCCUGCAGCCAACCAGGAGCCCAGGCAGCGGCUCGGCCACUCCCUCUGACACACCCACCAAAAGCUCCGCCCUCCAGGACCUCUUCAUCCCCCCUCCCCCUGCAGAGCCUUACACACCCAGAGACGAGACAGGAGCCUCGUCUGGAGAUGAAGCAUCUCGUAACCACAGUGGGGUCAGCACCGCUAAACGUUCUGAGUCACCAAACUCCUUCCUUGAUCAAGAGUCUCGCCGGCGAGAGGAGGAGGAGCCAGUGUACUGCACCACGCCCACUUUCGGCAAGCUGAGGCCCAUCUCCAUGCCUGCUGAGUGCACCUGGGUAGGCGGCUAUGAGGAUCCAGCCAAACUGAACCGAGAGAACCACAGAGAAACCUCACUGAUGCGCUACAUGGGCUUGUCCAGCAAGGAGGAGCGCAGCGGGUCAUGUGACUACUCCUCUCACACCGCUCGCCCAGGCAAGCGUUCCAACGACACGGCCAAGCGCGCCAAGAGGCGGAGCCACCACAGCCAGAGCCCCUCCCACUACGUUCUUCCCCCCAAUCAGAGAGACUCGCCUCAGAGAGACUCCACCUCCAGUUAUCAUACGUACCAGCAGUCAUCUUCUCUGCAGACCAAGAACAGGAAGAAGAAUAAAGGGCGGAGCUUGGCCUCGCUGAGUCGGAGGCGUGUCUCCUGCAAGGCGCUGGGCAGAGGCGACUGCGAGGGCUGGCUGUGGAGGAAGCGGGAUGCGAAGGGCUACUUCUCUCAGAAAUGGAAGAAGUACUGGUUUGUGCUGAAAGACAACUGCCUCUACUGGUACAUCAACGAGGAGGACGAGAAGGCCGAGGGUUUCGUGAGUCUUCCAGAGUUUAAGAUCGACCGUGCCAGCGAAUGUCGGAAGAAGUAUGCUUUCAAAGCAUGUCACCCCAAAGUCAAGAGCUUCUACUUUGCAGCAGAUGGAGUGGACGACAUGAACAGGUGGUUAAGUCGUCUCAACACGGCCGCCGUUGGAUACGCAGAACGAGAACGGAUGCGCCAGGACCAAGACUACUGGAGUGAGAGUGAACAUGAGGAGGACACCACCUCCAGCCCCAAACAGGACAGUCCCCCCCCUCCUUAUGACACGUACCCCCGGCCUCCCUCGAUGAGCGCCUACCUGGAAGGUCGGACCACUCGCCUGUCUUCCACAGAGACGUCUCGGUCUCGCUCUUCCCAGGAAGACUUCUUGUGCGGUGAACCCUCGGCGGUAGCUGCAGAGCCGCAGUACCACCCCGGUCCACUUGGGGGCGGUACCACACACAGUGGAAGAAAGCCAGGGGGCAGCAGCAGCAGCGACAUGCAGUUCAGAUGUGACCCGCUGGAGUACCGCUCCAGUCCUGCAGGUGGCAGCAGUGAGACUGGGUCUCCAGGCCGCUCCUCGUCCUCACAGAGACGCUCCUGGCAGGACCUGAUCGAGACCCCACUGACGGAGUCCGGACUGCACUUCCUACAGACUGGACCGCUAGAGGACGCCGUCUUUGCUGAGCCGGGUCUGGGAGGCUUUUCCAUGACCGCCGGAGCCGUCUACACUCUCCCUCCACAGAGGAACGCCCCGUUUCCCACGGCGAUGCAGAGGCUGAUCCCCAUGGCAACCCACGGAGAAAAGCCUCGCAGUUUCACGCUGCCCCGAGACAGCAACCUGCACUCGCUGCUCGCUCUGCCCGCCAGGGAGGAGCGCGACACACGCGACGGUGGCGGUGAAGGCGCAUCUUUGGGGGACUUGUUUCGAGCCUGCGAGCAGGGCGGAGUCUGUCCUCUGGGGCGUGGCUCUGAGGCCAGAGGUCAGACGGAGUUCAGGCAGUCGUUCCUGCGGCGGGCCGAGGAUCCUCAGCUGAACGAGCGCCUGCACCACCUGCGCAUACUAACGUCCACACUGAAGGACAGGGAGGGGGAGCUGGCGCUGAUCGACAGGCUGCUGGCCGCCCCCCAGCUGUCGUCUGCAGACUUCCAGGAGUGGAAGAAGGCCUAUCAGGAGCUGUUCUCUCAGGAGCCCAGCUCGGAGCCGGAGGAGGGGCCGCCCCUCACCCCAUCGCUGUCUCACACGCACUCCUACAUUGAGACGCACGUCUGACUCUGAGGACCAACCGCUGGAAAGUUUUCAACUUCAAAGGCCGCCUAAGCUCUGAGACCUGCUGUCACGUCUCUCGGCUGGUUGGUUGUGGCGCUCCAGGAGGUUCCAGGCUGGAUGUCGCGUCAUUCUUCAGAAUUACAGCUAGCUUGUGUGCUCUGUAAAUACUGUCCAUGGAGACUUUGAGAGGAGCUGGGGGGGUGGCCGAGCAUCUCAUCGUCCUGCUUGUUGUUUACAGUCUCAUGCACAAGCCAGUGACAUGCGCUGUUUUCCAUGAAGCCUUAUACUUGAUAUUUACUGUACAGUCAGUGUGGCGGCAGAGAACCACCUUUUCUAAACUCGGCAGUUUAUAUUUAGACUUAGAGGCUUUUGUUUGUGCUGGUUCUUGAGUCCUGUUCUGUGCGAGGCUGGACCUGAAGCAUGCUACCCCCCCACCCCCCACCCUGGAAGAGGAGCCAUUUGAGGGGCAAAAAUCCACCCAAACUGCUGGAGGAAAGAUUAACCUUCAGAUGGUGAAGCUGAGGUUCUGUUCAGCAGCUGCUGAGUUUCAGGGCUGAUCUGAGUCCAGAACUGCUCCUCUGAGUCCACAUCCUCUGAGUCCACAUCCUCUGAGUCCACAUCCUCUGAGUCCACAUCCUCUGAGUCCACAUCCUCUGAGUCCACAUCUUUUUCAGUCCACAUCCGUUUGAGUUAGCUUCCUCUGAGUCCACCACCUCUUAAUCCACAUCCGUUUAGGUCCACAUCUUUUUCAGACCAGAACCGUUUGAGUCCACCUCCUCUCAGUCCACAUCCUCCUCUGAGCCAACAUCCAUUUGACUUCACAUCCUUUUAAACUCACAUCCACUGAAUCCACAUCCAUUUGAGUCCACAUCCGUUUGAGUCCACAGACUUGAUGAGGUGGUGGGGAGGUUGUGGGUUCUGAAGGAUCAGCUAAUCAGUUCUGCCACCCGUUCUUCCUCUGGAGGAACCUCAUGAACACUCAUGAGUGUGCACUAAUGUAGUUUCCGUCCUGACUGGUGUGAGGAUGGAGAAGUGGAUAAAGGUUUAUGCUGCAGGUGAUCUUUACAGAAACAGAUUAUUGGAUUAUAUUCCAGGAUCAUUUCAGCAGAACUUCAUGCUAACAUCCAGCAGCAGUGAAGCUACAGAUAAAUGUCUUCAGAGUUUUAGCUCAGACUGGAACUCUCUACUAAAGUCAUGUUUAUGAAGACAUUAUGAAGCUGUAAAUUCUUCUUUAUCGUUUUAGCACAACAUAAUUGCUGCAAACAUGAUCAAUCUGAGCAGUUUUCCUCUAUUUUUAUUGCGGUUUUGGUCAAACCAAAUGUUUGCCAGAUCUUUCUUCAAAACUCUGUUUUUGACACCAAAACGUCUGUUUGGAUGACUUUGACCUGAAAGAAUGCACAGAUCUUGUUCUGUCACCCCAUUGGUGCAGAGUUCAUCAGCAGGAUUGCUCAGAAGGUCAAAGGUCGCAGAACAAAAACCACAGAUUGAAACGUGUGGAUGGAGACUUUUCCAAGAAUUUUAAAGUGUUUUUGUUCCUUAGUAAAGACCCUGCUCAUGUCUGACCGACUUCCUCCAGUCUCUGACUUUAAAGCUCCCAUCAUGCACCGAGUCGCUGCAGUGUUCUCCGUCAGACUGUCAGGGUGGGGUCAUAAUGGGAUGUAGGGAGGAUGAAAGCUCCAACCAAAGGUGACUACUACCCCUCCUAAAGGUCCUCCAUCAGUGAACAUGAAGGCAGUGAUCAAUGUUUUUUUUUCCCAGCAUUCAGUCCAAAAAGGUUUUCCUGUGAGGUUAGGAUGUGAUGAGCAGGAUACAGAGCUGGUGUUUUCCUUUGUUCGAUUUUUAUGGCCUGUGUGUUCAGAUCCGGUAAACAGAAGCUUGAAGCUUUCGUCUCCUGAAAGAAGCUAAGCUGAAGAGCGGUUUGGUUUGUUUUGACCCAACCCCGUGGCCUGAGAUGCCCCCUUCUGGAGUCUGGGCCUCGAUCUACUUCAGACUCUGGAACCCAGUGAGCUGCGAUGUGAUGCUGGUUGCUAAGGAAACAGGACUGUAACAGAGAAACAGCCUCAGGCGUUUAGAACGCUGCUGUAAACAGGAGACCCUCAUGGCGUCUGUCAAAACGCCGUUCCGCUUCGUUCUGAAUGCAGGCUCUGCUUCAUCUUGGAGCAGCUUCCUGCCUCUGCUGCCCGAUCCCCCUCAAGCUUUUCAUGAGGUUUAUCCAGAUGUUUCCUAAGACAUUUAAAUGUCACCAGCUCAGAAUCAUUCAGGAAAAAUGCUGCUGGGUUUUAGCACAGAACUUUUUGUAAAACUGGAAAUUCAGAUUUAUUAAAGACAAACAAUCGAUAACAAAUCAAUGUUUGCUUCAGUGAAUCUUAUAUAAUGGAGACUGAAUACUUUCUGUUUUCAAAUGAGUGUAUUCAUGCAGAGACGUUAUUUUCUCCCUAUCAGUCAGGGUGGAUUUUUCCUCUUUACUGCAUGUAACAUAGACUAUAGAAAUAUUUGCAUAGGAAGUUAAAGAUGGACGUGUUGAAAUGUUUUAUUUAUCUACUGAGAUAAUGCACAGAAGCAAUCACCGUCUAAAUGCUGAUGAGCCGGUCGGAGUCGCUCUUUAUGCUGCUGCUGUGGUUGGUUGUAGUCGAAUGUCUUCAAUGUCAAAUAAAACAAUAUUUAUCUUCUCUUUUGUGUUUAAAUAAUGAGAUCCUGCAGAUUUCUUUCUAUAAGUGUCAUCCUCUUUUGGGAAUCCUGUCAUGAAGUGAUAGUUGUAAAUCUCAGAUAUGGAUUAAUACAGUAUUUAUUUAUGUGACUGUUCUGUUCAGGACGGAUCAAUAAAGGUUUGGAUGAAGUUGUUUGUUGAAA